AAAUUUUAGCUAGAGCAUAACAAACGCGUUCCCUCGCUGCCUUGCCACUGCCGCUGAACACCCACGGCCUUUCUCUCCACCAAACAGCCACAUCUGCACCGAUAUUUCCCGCAGCCCAUCACAUCUGGUUCCUAACUUCAAAACAUAGCCUUGUCCUGUUUCUGGCUAGUGAGAAUAGACCCUCGCAACACAAGUCCACCGUCCGGCCUUCAGAGAACAGAAUCGCCACCACCAAAGACCGCCCAGACUGAGGCAACGCCGGAGGACCUAGUCCUGUCGACGGACGUAGACCAGAUGCGGAUUGGUUUCCGGCAUCUGACCCGCCUCCUCCCUUCCCCUGAUUCUACAUCAGUAGCUUUUUACACUACUUGUUUGAUAGUUUUUUUAUGAGAGAAAUUGACACAAUAGCGAAGCAAAGCAGAGUGUAAUGGCAAACAGCAAAUACGAGUACGUGAAGUCAUUCGAGGCUAAUGAUGAGGUCAUGUUCCCUAACCUCAUUGUUGUUCGAAUCGAUGGUCGUGAUUUUCGAAGAUUCUCCGAAGUUCAUGAAUUUGAGAGACCAAAUGAUGAGAAAGCCUUGAAUUUGAUGAAUGCUUGCGCAAUCUCUGUUUUAGAAGAGUAUCCUGACAUUGUCUUCUCCUACGGCUUUAGUGAUGAAUAUAGUUUUGUUUUCAAGAAGACAACGAAGUUCUACCAAAGGAGAGCCAGCAAAAUUCUAUCCCUCAUUGUUUCUUUUUUCUCUUCGAUAUAUGCUACAAAAUGGAAGGAGUUUUUCCCCAUGAAAGAUAUGAGAUAUCCCCCAACAUUUAAUGGGCGGGUUAUAUGUUGUGCAACAAUAGAGGUUCUACAAGAAUAUCUUGCAUGGAGACAGAAUGACUGCCAUGCUAAUAACCAGUACAACACUUGUCUUUGGAAGCUGGUUGAAAGUGGGAAGACUGAAAAAGAAGCGCAAGAAAUUUUAAAGGGCACUCAAAAGCAAGAGAAAAAUGAGCUUCUCUUUCAAGAAUUUGGUGUCAACUACAAAAAACUUCCUGAGAUGUUCCGUCAAGGAUCUUGUGUUUUCAUGACACAGGAGGAAGAUAUUGCGAAGUAUAGUGAGAACGGUACUCCUGUCAAAAGACUACGGAGAAAGGCAAGAAUACUCCAUUCAGAGAACAUCGCUGGGAGAAGCUUUUGGAAUGUGCACCAAAAUCUUCUUAAGCAGCUAGGUUGUUUUGCAGAAGACAUUGGUAAAAUUAACCCUGAUUACAUUAGGUCUUUCCUAUUUGAAAACAAACUGAUGCCCUCUACUUGGAUUGUGAUUAGAAUUGAUGGAUGCCAUUUUCACAGAUUUUGUGAUGUUCAUGCAUUUGAGAAGCCCAAUGAUGUGCAAGCUCUGAACCUUAUGAAUUCAUGUGCAGUGGCUGUUUUAGAAGAGUUUCAAGAUGUUAUUUUUUCUUAUGGUGUUAGUGAUGAGUACAGCUUUGUUUUGAAGAAGGAUUCUAAAUUUUUGCAGAGGCAAGCCAGUGGUAUCGUUUCUGCCAUCGUUUCAUUCUUCUCCUCAAUGUAUGUGAUGAAUUGGAAAUCUUUCUUCCCGCAGAAAGAACUCAAGUAUACUCCCUCCUUUGAUGGAAGGGCUAUAUGCUAUCCAUCAUCUGAGAUUCUUCGAGAUUAUCUUGCUUGGAGACAAGUUGAUUGCCACAUCAACAAUCAAUACAAUACUUGUUUUUGGGCACUUGUUAAGUCUGGAAAAAGUAAAAGUGAUGCACAAAAUACUUUAAAGGGCACUCAAGCACUGGAGAAAAAUCAAAUUCUUGCACAAUUUGGUAUUGACUACAAUGCAUUACCAGCCAUUCUUCGCCAGGGUUCCUCUGUUUUCAGCGUAAAGGAGGAUGUUGUGAUACAUGAGUAUGGAUCAUCUGUUGAAAAACUACGAAAUAAGGUAAUCGUAGAAUAUUGUAAUAUAAUUGAGCAGAGUUUUUGGGAAGCACACCCAGGCAUCCUUGAUUAGAGGCCCCAGACACCAGCAACAACGUUUUUGUUCGCCUUGAAUGUUGCCUUAGGGCUGAAAUAUUGGGAAUGUUUAGUUUUAUUAUUUGAACAUUAUUUUUUUGAUAUAGUAUAAAAUUUGCUUUGUUGUCAAA